AUGGCCUCUUCCAGAGAUGCCAGUAGAUAUUCUCCAAAUAACAAAGAAUGUCCAACGAGCUCUGCAAAGGCUGAAAUUCCAGUCAAAGGUAAAGAUCUGAAUGAUGAAUUUGAGGAGCCAGAAAAUGCCCCCAUGGUGAGGUACAGGUCAUCAGCAAGAGUGUCCUCACUGAUCUACCUAAAAGGACAAAAAGGUAUUGUGAAGAAAGAGUUGCCAAGACCCGUGGGGGCAGGUGCCUCCAGAUCUAGUGCUCAGAAUGAACUGAGAGCAAAUGCAGACAGUGGUUCUAUCAGGAAACGGUCUAUUAACUCUUGUGAGACAUUAAGUCAGAAACAACAUGAUGACCAAUGUGGUAGUUUUGAGAACGUGCCUGGUGGUUUUAAAAAAUGUUUUGUGGCGCCCAGAUUUCUAGGCAAAAGUGACACUCUUUCAGAAGCCCAAGACCAAAGUAAAAGAGAUGUGACUAAACACCUUGACUCAGAAAGCAACAAGUCUGAUACCAGAGAUGCAAAAAUCAAAAUCACAUCUGAGCAGCCAUUCACAGAAAGUUUUUCAAAAGUUCCUGGUUCUACCGCCUACUCCAUUAGCCAUAAUUUAUACCAGUCUCACUUAUACGGUGGUCCUUCUGACCCUCAUUCAGGGAGGUCCUCCAUCAGGACCCUCAGUCCUGAGCUGCCUGUUUAUCCUACUGGGAGCAUCAGCAGGGGUAAAAGUAGACGUUUUGGCAGUAGUGGUUCUGGCAGCAGAAGCAGCAGCAGAGAGAACAACAUCUCCCAGACAAAGACCAGACAAAGCUUUCCUGAUAAAAAAGUUUCAGAAUUGACUCUGCACUCUUCAAAUUGGCAUAAAGAACUACGAAUGUCAAGAGAAGAAACACCUAUGAAUUUAGAUUCACUUGGCUCCCACAAAAGUUUAAAACCAGAUCCAACAAAGAAAAUCUUCCAAGAGCGAGGAGCCUCAGAUUUUUGGAAACCAAAAGGAGCAACCUAUUUACCAGUUGAAAACCGGAGAGAAGUAAAGAAAGGUUUCAUUGAUAGCCAUUGUCACCUGGACAUGCUCUUUAACAAACUGUCCUACGAUGGAACCUUUGCCAAUUUCAGGAAAAAAUUUAAUGAUUUUUUCCCCACGGAAUUUCAAGGUUGCAUUUCAAAUUUCUGCAACCCUUGCACACUAAAGGAUGGCCUAUGGCAGAAUCUGUUAGAAGAGGAGCUGGUUUGGGGAGCUUUUGGAUGUCAUCCUCACUUCGCUGUUUAUUACAAUCAAAGACAAGAGCAAAGUAUUCUGCAAGCUUUAAAUCAUCCCAAGGCUAUAGCAUUUGGAGAAAUUGGUUUGGAUUAUUCUUACAAGUGUCGUACCCCUGUCACACAGCAGCACAGGGUAUUUGCAAAACAACUACAAUUAGCUGUGUCGCUAAACAAGCCCUUAGUAAUACAUUGCAGAGAAGCAGAUAAAGAGUUGCUAGAAAUUAUGAAAAAAUAUGUUCCCCCUGACUAUAAGAUCCAUAGGCAUUGCUACACUGGCAGGUACUCAGUAAUUGAGCCGCUGCUAAAUUAUUUCCCCAACUUGUGUGUGGGGUUUACAGCGGUUAUCUCUUACCCCUCUGCCUGGGAAGCAAGGGAGUGUGUGAAAAAUAUUCCGCUAGAGAGAAUCCUCGUAGAAACAGAUGCUCCCUAUUUCCUUCCUCGAGGUAUCCCCAAAAGCCUUUGUCCAUUUGCCCUUCCAGGGAUGGCCUUCCAUACAGUGAAGGAGAUUGCAAGUGCCAAAAAUCAGCCAUUAUCACACACCUUGGCUAUCUUGCAUGAAAACACCUGUUGCCAGUACAAUCUUGGAAUAAUAGAUGGUGAGUUCAAGUCUUGA